GGAAGGCCAUGAAGACGAGAAAGCAAAAGCAGAGAUAAAGUUGGGAUAAAUCAAGAGGCUGAUAACAUCUGCCAUUAGACGCCGUGCGUCUGGCUGAGAGGCUGGACGAGAAAGUUUUCCAUAAAUAAAAAGAAAAUGAUUUUGAAAUCAAAUAUCGUUCAAAUUGUAAUCAUGAAAAUAAAUGAUAGAACUCUUGUUUGGGAAGAAUAACCUGAUCAGGGUUGAAUAACUAAAAGGAUAUAUUAAAUGAAGGGUUGAAAAUAUAAAACCUCAGACCAUCAAAACCGAAAGAUAAAUACAUUUUAAAUUGCAUUGGCAUUAAACAGUAUGAAAACAGAAAAUACAGACUGGUGUAAGAUUUGUAAUGAGUGGAUUCUAAGAAUACACAGUGUGAAGAGCGCGAGGCAAUGGUUAGUUUUCAACACAACAAAGGAAAUUUGGAGACAUGCCCAGAAAACACCUUUGUGAAUGUGCUGUCAGUCUGACAUGAUUGUGGAAUACGAUCACACUCUCCCCAUAGCAAAAGUUCUGCUCUGUACCUCCUGAGGAAUGUUCCAGAUCAGUUUCUUCCCCGGCACAACUAACAGAGCUGCUGGAGACCGAUCACUAGAACUGUAAGACUACUCCCCUGGAGCAGCACACGGGUGGGAAGAGGUGACAAGAACUGUCUGCAUCCGUGGAACAUGAAGCAGUCGGCAGUUGUGGGUGUGGUGAGAGUGUGGAUGCUCUUCUCGACUCUAUGGGCAUCGCUUGGUCAGCUCACGUCGAGGCAAGAGUGUGUGCGAUGUAAAUGUGACGACUGUAGCAAGCCAUGCUGCAAGGUCUUCAGUCCCAGCGGUCUGACGGAGCUGAGUGUUGCCGUCAACUGCUCGCAGCCCGACGAUGUCAUCAUUCUUGACACCGUCACCAUGGCCACGGAUCCUGACCCGGAGUCCCAGUGUAACGGUCACAGUUUGACACACACCGACGGAUGCUUAACGAGUACACCGACCAACUUGUGCGCCUUUCCGCAAAUAAAAGCUGUUUCUCUCCGCAACAAUUCCUUGAGCAAGAUUCCAGAGCUGACCUGUCUCUCUGGCCUCAUCUAUCUGGACUUCCGGAAGAACGUCAUCACGACUGUCCCCCAGGACACGUUCAAGGGCUUGUUCGCUCUCCGAGAAGUGUAUCUGGAUGACAAUGCCAUCACUUACAUCCACCCGUUGGCCUUUGACCCCAGCACGAGCAUGCUGACCACCUUUUCGGUCUCGGGCAACUUAAUGACCGUCCUGGAUCCUUGGAUGUUUCUGCUGCCCCGUCCGUUCUGUCGCUUCAAUUUCAGUCACAACAACAUCGCGCGCCUGACUAACGAACAGCACUUCAACAUCGGGCGAUCGUCGAGAGCCCACUACGGCCCUGGCUUCGUUGACGUCACGUACAACAACAUGGUGAUGUCGCCGGCGGACGACAUGAAGCAGUAUGGCAUCUACGAGGUGCCGGACUUGCUGCCGUUUAUUUCCUGGGGUUUCGACUUGCGGUUCAACCCUUUCCACUGCGACUGCAAGUUCUUCAAAGUCGUCAAGUUCCUAAACUACGUGUCGACGUACCUGUGGAGAUCCUAUUUCAACAUCACCUGCGCUUCCCCGUCCCAGUUUAGGGGUGUACCUAUGUUUCAGCUGCCUCUUGAUCAGCUGACGUGUCCCGUGACAGUCACCUGCCCUUUGCCCUGCACCUGCACCCAGAGGCCGUAUUAUCAAGACGUUCUAGUGAACUGCAGUCACAAGCGGCUGAUGACGCUGCCGCGUGACCUGCCGGAAGGGAACCUCACUCUGGACAUGACUGGCAACGCCAUACGACGCCUGGACCUGCAGAACUACUUGCAGCGAGUGGUCCACCUGAAUCUGACUGCCAACCAUUUGUUCGAGGUCGACCAGCAGGCGGCGCUGGCGCUACGGCACGUCAGGUCACUAGACAUGCGCGGAAACAACCUUCAUCAUCUGUCGACCACCUUACAGGUUGUUUCCCCUGACGCAAUAUACCUGGACAUCGGCACUUUGAAGUGUACCUGCGAACUGGAGUGGUUCUUGCACUGGACUGGGAGACAUAUUUACGAAAAUCUUCAAAAGAUCACGUGCCUUUCUGAAAGUGACGGUCGUCACGUGUUGCUGAUCAACGCCACGCGAAGAGACCUCGGCUGUGAGGCAGAAGAUACGUCACUCUCACACGAGACCUGGGCUUACGUCAUUGUGGCGGCAGCUGUUGUCCUCAUCGUCCCCAUCCUCGUCGUGGUGUUUCGCUACGAGUUGCUGGUGUUGUAUCAUCGCUUCUUUCAUCGUCAGCCCGGAGAGAAAUACUUGCCUGCUCUUCUUGAAGUUCCCCGAUAUGACAUCUUCGUCAGCACGGCCACCAACAGCGACAACGACGCCACCUGGGUGAGCAGGAUCUUGCUGCCCGCCAUGGACAGACGCAAGCUGACCUACUUUGUGCCACAGAGAGACAACCUGCCAGGUGCCAUCCCCAUGGACGAAGUGGUUCAAACCCUCCGACAGAGCAAGUGCGCACUCAUCCUGCUGUCGCCGGACUACCUGGCCCAGCCCAUCUGCUGCUUCCAGUUCCGCCAAGCAUACGACAUGAUGGUCAAGGAGGGUCGCGGUCGUGUCUUCGUCGUGUGCUUGCAGAAGGUCAAGCGGGGUCAAAUGCAGGACCACCUCCUACGGGCCAUACUCAACCUCAACAUGGCGUACUCGGGUGAUAACCCAGAUGAUCUGUACAACCUUAUUAACCUUAUCUAAGUGUUGUCACAAAAACAAAGUCAAGUCCUGCAAAGAAGUGUUUGGUGUUUAAGAGAAUGGAUUGGGAAAGAAAUCAUCGUCUUUUGUUCAUCUUGACUCCGAUAUUCCUCCCUUGGGGCGUGACACCUCUUCACAGGUCUAACAGUCGGAAGAUAGUAGUUUUCCGUUAGUGCCCUCUGUGUGUGCGUGUAUGUGUAUGUGUGUGUGUGUGAGAUUUCUUGUUCCAGUUUUAUUUUGUAACCCUGUAAAACCCUCCACCUACUCUCCAGAUAGCUUUGUUUCCAACGUCCGCAUUUAUGUGUCACGUGGAUGUUUGAAUGUGAAUUGUAAUUGUAAUUCUGAUGUUCACAACAAUGCACGGAAAUGAUUAAAAUCGUGUAAGCACAUAGGAUGUGUGUCAAAUGGGAAAACCUGCGAUGUGGGAAAAGCCGACGGAGCUAAUCAUGUGGUGGCUGCUGGCAAACUAUUCCCACACCGACCAAUGGAAGUCGAGGCUUCACGUACAUCGGUGAGUCGAUGAGCAGAGACUACGUCAUCGGACGUGACCAACACCCCUUGAGAGGUCGAGAGGAAGUCGAACGCUCAUACAGGGUCUUUAUUGGUGACGUCAGAGUAACCGUUGCUUACAUUGAGCGCUCCCUCCACACACACAGACUCCCUCCCAACCCCUCCUCAAGUCUGUUACCGAAACAGGUGAUCACGUGGUAAUUAUAUUCUCGUCCUUAUUGAAAUAAAGACAUAUCCUCCUCCCAGCCUUCUGUUUCCUGUCAUAAUGCAGUGGUCUUCCGUUAUUCACGUUUGUAUUCGUCUGAUUAUGUUCCCACGGAAAAGCUGGUAGCUUUAUUAAACGAACAAAUGUUUGAUUCUGUUUAUAUUCUCAAAUGUUUGUCUCUAACGGUUUUCUCAUAUUUCCACAAAUCUUUGUCUCUACGUUUGUGAACAGAUGUUUGUCUGAUAAUAUGUGUACACAUGUGCUCAGAUGUCUGCUCUGACGUGCGUGUGUGUGUGUGCGCGCGUGCUUGCGUGCCUGAGUAACCGACGUCAGCGUGCUCGUUCCAUGCGAUCGUCUUUAACGUCGACGUCGACGUUUGUGAGAUUGUCGGACUGUUCAUCUCUUGCGUAGCGGGAAAUGUUCACUUCUUUUGUUGAGCGUGGACUUCAUGAAGGAGACUUUUACUGUCAGCUCUUCAGUUACUCAACAGUUCCGUCCCUGACACAAGGGUCACGUGUAACAAUGGCUUUCAUCCGCCUCCAUCCUUUCUUUGUUAAAAUCGUCUGGCAAGGAGGAAGAAAUGCAAAUUUGAGAGCAAUAAAUGAUGACUGUUUUAAAUUAAAACUACUUGAUCGGGAAAGAUAUUUGACCUUUCCCGACGUUGCUGAAGAGAUACUGGUUUCAUUUUCAUUUUGUUUGAUUGGCUAUACGCCCAGAGGGCAGUUUUAGCCCUAAUAUGGGUGUUGGUUAUUUAGUUUUGUCUGUUUUUUCUUCCUGGUUGUGAAGAAGUAUAAGACGCAGUUUUCUGAAACACUUACUUUGCUGUGGAUCCUGAACGCGUUCUGUCCAGUUAGUCCUAUGUAAGACGAUCCUUCCAUCCCUGCUGUUCCGUCUUUUACAGACCACUAAGACUUAACCUUCGUUAGCCUUGAUCGUGACACAAUAGAACUGUGUCAACCAAAGA